AUGCGUCGAGCAUUCUCCAGGAGCAUAACUGCGAACGCCAGCCGCACGUCUCGAACAUCAGCAGGGCAGUUCCUCGUCGCAAACAGGGUCGAUUCGAGAUUAUCAAUGACUUCUUCUCAGUCAGGCAGCGCCGCCCGUCGGCUGCAUGCCACCGCGCAGCAGCUGCGGCCCAUUGCGUCGGCAGCCAUGGCGAGCACCCCGACCAACUACCCGACGACGCACGAAAAGAUCAGUGAGCCCGUCGACACCCCUUACUUCAUCGACAACAAGUUUGUCGCCUCAGAGGCCACAUCCUUUAUCGACCUGCACGACCCUGCCACCAACAACCUGGUGACGCGUGUGCCUCAAAUGACGGACGCCGAGCUCAAGGCUGCCGUCGCCUCGGCUGAGAAGGCUUUCCCUGCAUGGCGUGCCACCAGCGUUCUUGCCCGCCAGCAGAUCAUGUUCAAGUUCGUUGCACUCAUCCGUGAGAACUGGGACAGGCUGGCCGCCAGCAUCACGCUCGAGCAGGGCAAGACGUUCGCCGACGCCAAGGGCGACGUCCUUCGUGGCCUGCAGGUUGCUGAGGCAGCCUGUGCGGCCCCUGAGCUGCUCAAGGGCGAGGUUCUCGAAGUCGCCAAGGACAUGGAGACAAGGACGUACCGUGAGCCCUUGGGAGUUGUUGCUGCCAUCUGCCCAUUCAACUUCCCCGCCAUGAUUCCGCUGUGGUGCAUUCCCAUCGCCACCAUCACUGGAAAUACUCUGAUCCUCAAACCCUCGGAGCGUGAUCCUGGCGCGGCCAUGAUCCUGGCGGAGCUAUGCCAGAAGGCCGGCUUCCCUGAUGGUGUUGUCAACAUAGUCCAUGGCGCCCACAACACAGUGAACUUCAUUCUUGACGAGCCGGCCAUCAAGGCCAUUUCCUUUGUCGGUGGCAACAAGGCCGGCGAGUACAUCUUCAGCCGCGGCAGCGCCAACGGCAAGCGUGUGCAGGCCAACCUCGGCGCCAAGAACCACGCUGCUGUGCUCCCUGAUUGCAACAAGAACCAGUUCCUGAACGCCAUAGUUGGUGCUGCCUUUGGAGCUGCCGGCCAGCGCUGCAUGGCGCUCAGCACGCUGGUCAUGGUGGGUGAGACGAAGGAGUGGCUGCCGGAGCUUGCGGAUCUGGCCAAGGGAUUGAGUGUCAACGGCGGUUUCGAGGAGGGCGCCGACCUAGGUCCGGUCAUCAGCCCACAGAGCAAGGAGCGAAUCGAGUCCCUGAUUGGCAGUGCCGAGAAGGAGGGUGCCAAGAUCCUCCUCGACGGCAGAGGCUACGCGCCGGCAAAGUACCCCAACGGCAACUGGGUUGGGCCUACCAUCAUCACGGACGUGACCAAGGACAUGGAGUGCUACAAGCAGGAGAUCUUUGGGCCGGUCCUUGUCUGCCUGAACGUCGAGACCUUGGACGAUGCCGUCGAUUUGAUCAACAGCAACGAGUACGGCAACGGUGUUGCCAUCUUUACCCGCUCCGGCGCUACGGCCGAGAAGUUCCGCCGCAACAUUGAGGCCGGCCAGGUCGGCAUCAACGUGCCCAUCCCGGUGCCCCUGCCAAUGUUUUCCUUCACCGGCAACAAGAGGAGUGUGGCCGGUGGUGGUGCAAGCACCUUUUACGGCAAGCCGGGCAUCAACUUUUACACGCAGCUCAAGACUGUGACUGCUUUGUGGCAGUCGGCCGAUGCUAUUUCCAAGAAGGCAGACGUUGCCAUGCCCACGCAUAGCUGA